AUGUUUGGCGCGUUAAAUCGUUUCAUCGGUCGACUGGACGGAGAACCCGGCCAACAACCUCGAAACGGACCAAACGACAACGCGUUCGGCUUCCAGGUGCUCCGCAACAAGGACCCGGAGCUGCCUCUAGAGCCAUGGUUUGAUUUUAUUGUUGGAAUCAACGGUCAUACAAUUGAAGAUCCGGAUCCCAGUCUCUUUGCGACAGAAGUGCGAAAUUGCGCUGGGGCCAGCUUGACACUGGAGGUAUGGAGCGCAAAGGGUCAACGAACCCACACGGUCACGCAUUCUGUCCCGCCAACGAACCCAGCUCUCGGUCUAGCACUCCAGCUUGCCCCUCUCUCCUCUACACAAAACAUCUGGCAUGUCAUAGCGAUCCCAUCGCCACUCAGUCCAGCCUACCGUGCUGGCUUGCUACCCUACUCGGACUACAUCAUUGGAACCCCAAGCGGGACAUUAAGAGGGGAAUCCGCACUCGGAGAGCUCGUCGAAGACCACCUAGAUCGCACCUUGGUUCUAUGGGUAUAUAACAGCGAGUUCGAUGUGGUUCGUGAAGUUGAGCUUGUGCCUACACGGGGCUGGGGUGGUGCGGGAGCCCUUGGUGCUGAGCUAGGAUUCGGUGCCCUGCAUCGACUACCCAUUGGACUCGGAGAAGAGGUGGAAGCACCUGGGGAGGUUGUUUUCGAGACACGUGAUGGUGGCAUUACUGCCCCAGUAGAUGGCCCUGCGAGUGCUGUGCAAGGCAUGGCACCUCCCUCGGGCCAAUUCUUGGUUCCUGCAAACAUGACCGCACCACCGCCCUUGGCUUCACAAAGAAUCGCUUCGCCGUCAGAUAAUAGGUCGCCGGCGAGCCGUCGUGCAGGGAGACACCGACCUUCUGCCUCACCUAACAGGGCUUUCGAUGAUUACUUUGCUGAGGGUGAGCAGAAGAGUCGGGAGCAAGAUUUCGCGCCUUCUAGGCAUGGAACUCCUCUUCCUCCCCCGCCCAAGGUUGGACCCUCGCCUUCUCAUUCGGAAAGUCCUGCGCCUGCGCAUGAGGCGCCGGAGGGCGCACCAGGGCCGACGCAGGAAGAAUGA